AUGCAUGCAGUAACCAAAGAUGAAAAGAGACAUGUAUUAAUGAUAGAUAAUUAUGAUUCUUUUACAUGGAAUUUAUACCAAUAUCUACAUCAGUCCUCAAGAUGUGGCAAAGUAGAUGUUUACAGAAAUGAUAAAAUAGAUAUUUCUACAAUAGAGAAUGAAAUAAAACCAGAUAUCAUAUUCAUAUCUCCUGGUCCAGGUCAUCCAUUAACAGAUUCUGGAAUUUCUAGUGAUGUUAUCAGAUAUUUUAAAGGAAAACUACCAAUCUUUGGAGUUUGCAUGGGUCAAGAAUGUAUAUUCGAUGUAUUUGGUGGAGAUGUUUCAUACGCGGGAGAGAUAGUUCAUGGUAAAACCACAACAAUAAAGCAUGAUGGGAAAGGAAUGUUUGAAGAUGUACCUCAAUCAGUAGCUGUUACUAGGUAUCAUUCUUUGGCAGGUACUGAAGCUACAUUACCUGAUGUUUUAGAAGUUACUGCAGUUACUGAAACUCAACCAAAUGUAAUAAUGGGAGUCAGACAUAAGGAAUAUACGAUAGAGGGGGUUCAAUUUCAUCCGGAAUCUAUAUUGACUGAAUCAGGUCAAUUAAUGAUUGACAACAUAUUGGGAGUAUAUGGAGGAACAUGGGAAGAAAAUAAUGAAAUAAAAUCAAAGCUACAAAAUGAAAAGAAGGCAAAUAAAUUUGGUAAAGGUGAAAACAUUUUAAAAAUAAUAUAUGAAAAGAGAAAAGAAGACUAUUCCAUAAUAGAGAACUUACCAGGCAGAUCGUUUGAAAACUUGGAAAUUGCAUUGUCAUUAGGUAUAGCACCACCGGUUAUAAAUUUUUAUGAUAGACUAAAGUACACACAAGAUGAAUUACAUCAAACAAUUAUAUUGUCAGAAUUCAAAAGAGCAAGUCCUUCGAAAGGUGAUAUUAAUGUAAAGGCACACGCUGGGAAACAAGCAUUGACUUAUGCCAUUAACGGAUGCUCAACUAUCUCAAUCUUAACUGAACCAAACUGGUUUAAGGGGUCAUUAGAAGAUUUGUCAUUAAUACGUAAAGUGAUUGAAUGUCCCGAAACCAAAGAAAUAACAAAUUACAAAAGACCAGCAGUUUUAAGGAAGGAGUUCAUAUUUAAUAAAUAUCAAAUUCUUGAGGCAAGAUUAGCAGGUGCAGACACAGUUUUAUUGAUCGUUAAAAUGUUGAACGACUAUAGCUUGUUACAAGAAUUAUACUCAUACUCAUUGGACUUAGACAUGGUACCUUUAGUUGAAGUGAACGAUGCUCCAGAACUUGCUCAGGCAUUAACACUAUCUUACAAAGGUGAUAUAAGUGAGCCAUUAAUAAUUGGAGUAAAUAAUCGUAACUUGACCAAUUUUGAUGUUGAUUUGAAAACCACUAGUUCCUUAGUUGAUCAAGCCAAAAAUAAAAAUACUAAUGGUAGAAAAGGGGAAGUUUUAAUUUUAGCAUUAUCUGGUAUUACAACAGUUGAUGAUGUUAAAAAAUACAAAUAUGAAGAUCAUGUCGAUGGAUUUUUAAUUGGAGAAAGUUUGAUGAGAGCUGAAGCAAGAGGUUUGGCCGACGAAUUUUUAAAUGAUUUAUGCAACUGCUAA